UUGUCCCCGAGGAUCACUGGCAGGAGCCUCCAAACUUUCUGCACGGUGAGACCUCUCUGCGGCCAGAGAGAGCAGCCCCAAAGUUGAUCUGACUCUGGGCCAAGGAUGGGUAGGGCGCACCACUCCCGGGGCCGCUGCUGGCCCCCUGUGGGGGUACUAGUGGCCUUUGCUGCCGGUCUCUGGGCUGGUGGCAUGGCCAGUGAGUAUGACUAUGUGAGCUUCCAGUCGGACAUCGGCUCUUACCAGAGCGGGCGGUUCUACACCAAGCCCCCUCAGUGUGUGGACAUCCCAGUGGACCUGAGGCUGUGCCACAAUGUUGGUUACAAGAAGAUGGUAUUGCCCAACCUGCUGGAGCAUGAGACGAUGGCCGAGGUGAAGCAGCAGGCGAGCAGCUGGGUGCCCCUGCUCAACAAAAAUUGUCACAUCGGCACCCAGGUCUUCCUCUGCUCCCUCUUUGCCCCAGUCUGCCUGGACCGGCCCAUUUAUCCAUGCCGCUGGCUCUGCGAGGCUGUGCGGGACUCCUGUGAACCCGUCAUGCAGUUCUUUGGCUUCUACUGGCCAGAGAUGCUCAAGUGUGACAAGUUCCCAGAGGGAGACGUCUGCAUUGCUAUGACCCCUCCAAACACCACGGAGGCCUCCAAGCCUCAAGGCACAGCUGUGUGUCCACCCUGUGAUAAUGAGAUGAAAUCUGAAGCCAUCAUAGAACAUCUCUGUGCCAGUGAAUUUGCACUGAGAAUGAAAAUAAAAGAAGUGAAAAAAGAAAAUGGAGACAAGAAGAUUAUCCCCAAGAAGAAGAAGCCGCUGAAAUUGGGACCCAUUAAGAAGAAGGAACUGAAGAAACUCGUUCUAUACUUAAAGAAUGGGGCUGACUGUCCUUGUCACCAGUUGGAUAAUCUCAACAAUCAUUUCCUCAUCAUGGGGCGGAAAGUGAAGGCCCAGUACUUGCUGACGGCCAUCCAUAAGUGGGACAAGAAAAACAAAGAAUUCAAAAACUUCUUGAAGAAAAUGAAAAAUCAUGAAUGUCCCACAUUUCAGUCAGUUUUCAAAUGAUUCCCUCCCCAAGGGUGGG